AUGCGAUCUGAGUCAACGAUCUCGGUGUUUUCGUACUUGGCCGGCGAUCCAUCAGCCAUCCUGCUGCGUCGCGUGGCCACGAAUGGGUUAAGCGAAUAUUCGUAUUCCAAAGUACUAUCUCGAUAUGCCCAUUACCUUGAUGAUAGGAUUCUCUCGUUUCGUGAGUUGGGGUACGAUAUUGUAUAUGCAGGCAAACGCGACCGUUUCGCCCGCUUGCGUAAAUUGAGUGUGUCGAGGGGGUUGUUCAAAGAAAUCAGCAUGAUUCAGCGUGUGAUGAGUUCUUUGCUUAAGUGCUCCUUUUUCUCAGAGGAUCUUCGGGACGAGGUCUCAGAAGCAGCAUUACAAAUGACUUUGAAGGACCUUCUUGCUUACUACAUGGCAAUGAAUGAAGGGAUCAUCAACAUGCUGGAGCACUACUUUGAGAUGUCAAAAGCUGAUGCAGAGCGCUCCUUAGAACUGUAUCGCCGCUUCUGCUUUCAAACUGAAAAUGUGCUUGCAUUUUUAAAUGCGGCAAAGCGUUAUUCUUACCAGCUUCGUUCAGUUAUCCCUAACCUCAAACACGCACCACUUUCACUCGCCACUGCUCUAGAAGAAUACCUGCAUGAAACUGAUUUCUCUAAGCAUGAAGUUGGAUCACGAGCAAAAGCUUCAACUGCAGAAGGAGUUAAGGAAAGUAAGACGGAUGCUUCGUCGGAGGAGCCAAAUGCCACGACCGAUAAGCCUGCCACUGAAAAGUCCUCACCACAAAAAGCUUCAACUAUGGCAGGGAUGAAUCAAACAAGUUCUUCAAGCAAAAAGGCUUUGCAAGACUUUUUCGAAUCACUCGAACAGCCAUCAACACCUUUCAAUUCGGCAUAUGCCUCGUAUACCGGUUUUUAUACGCAACCAGACUGGUUUGGCAUGAGUGCAAUGCCCACGAAUGGUGUUUAUGGAAUGCCUCAGGUGUCUGGAAAUCCUUUCGGAGUUACACCUAAAGGCAGUUUGCAGCCACAGAUGACUGGAUUUAAUCCGUUUUCCCCUCAGAUGCCAAUAAUACCGCAACAGCAGCAACCGCUGAUACCUCAGCACACUGUGGCAACGACGCCUUUUGACUCUAUUUUUGGACAAAUGUCGCUAAACUCGGCCCAGCGACCACAACAACCGCAUCAGAUGCAGUUCAACCCUCAGUCGAUACCGCAGCAACCACAACCAUCUUCCCAGGCGCAGUCCCAACUUAUGGCCCCUUCUGUACAACAAAGUUCUAUGUUGACACAACCCAAUGCUCAGAAACAAUCGCCUCUUUCCUUCAGCGAACCAGCAAAACCUGCCAAACCAUCGUCAAAUAACCAAGGGGUUCGUCCUCAAAAAACAGGGAGUAUGAAUCCUUUCUCAAUUCCUAGCGAUUUCGACGAGCCCAAUCCAGUUGUCCAGGAGCCACCAAAACCCACACUUAAUGAGCUUGCCAUGGAUGCUUGGCUUGGUAAAGAAAAGAAAAGCGAUCAUGCAUCAGCACUACCAUCUGUACAGCCUAAUCAGACUGGUAUUUUUGGGCAUGUUGCAUCUGAAUUCGCUCGUCCGCAACUUGCACAACCUAAGCAGGAUUCUUUCAGCAAGUCCCCGGACCACAUGCUAGGAGAAGGUAUUUCCAUGUCACCACAGAUCGCGAGUCGAAUGCCAUCGCAUUCUAUGGGGUCUCAGGUAUUCGGAGACCAGCAUACUCCUUUGUAUGGGCAACCCACAGGACAAACCAUCCAGACUCAGCCAUUCGGACGGCCAAGCUUAACUGCAACGCCAAACACGUUGGUCAGCUCAACAAGCUCAGAGGCCCCUAAUCGGCGACUCAGUGCAUUGGUUCCACCCCAACAGGGACUUGACAUUUCAUCUCAACGAACCGGCCUGGACGCUUUUGGUGUUGGCGGAACUCCAUCUCAGGGUCUCAGUCCACAGUUCUCGGGCUCCGUUUUUGGGACUAGCCCUAUUUCUUUGGGAGAUGGCUCAGUUUUAUAUCCCAGAAAUUCAGUGUCAGGAUCACAGGCUAUGACAAGCUCUUCGGGCAUCGGCUCUCAACCAAGUCAUCCAAGUGGGCGUUUAACCACAUUCGAACGCAAGCCGAGUGUACCCCAUGUGUCCGCUAUGUCGCACUCGGAUCUUCAGUCUCAAAUCACCGGUCUCACAGGCAUCAAGCCCUUCCAGCCUUCGAGUGCUUUCGGUGCAAGUCUUGUGUCUGGCCAGCUUGCUCCGAAACAAACCUCUAACACCACGACGCCAACCCCAGUGGAGGCUCAGCAGCAGCCGCAACCGACGCAGGACCUCUUGCAAUUGUAG